CUAGAUGUGCUUACAAUUUACAAUUCCAAUACCUUUCAGCGUUGCCUUCCUCUGCCUCCUUUGAUGGACAAACCUCAUGUCGCCAUUUUCCCCCUCAGCGUGGGGAUGGGCCAUUUCCUUCCAUUAGCUGAGUUUGCAAAGCGUCUCUGUGAGUUUCAUGGCUUCUCCAUCACCCUCAUCAUCAGCAGGUGGUUGUGGACAUCUCAGCAACCCCCUCCUGCAACGAUUGGCCUCUUCUGCUCUCGACAUACGCAUUACAGAGAUUCCUCACAUCACUGAGGAUGAAGAAGAGCAAAAGAUGAAUAUUGAAACACGCCUUUCGAAGUUCAUGCUGAAUGCAAAGCCACACGUUGAAGACGUUCUGCAAUCGUUGCGUUCAUCUUCGCCCAUCUCUGCAUUCAUUACAGAUCUCUUCUGUACGGAACUGCUUGACGUUACCACCAAGCUAAAAGUGCCGAGUUAUUUAUUCGUUCCGGGCUCUGCUGCUUCUGUUUGCUUCAUGUUACAUCUUCCAAAGCUCGUUUCGGAGAACAAAAUUUCAUUUGAAGACGCCGAUUUUGAAGUGGAGGUACCGGGGCUUCCGCCGAUUCCAGCCAGAGAUCUACCCACUCCCUUUCAAGAGAGGUCUGAUUCCUGGUUUAAAUGGUCUUUAUACCAUGCCUCCCGCUUCAAGGAAGCAUCAGGGGUUUUCAUUAACACCCUUGCUGAGCUAGAGGAAGAAGCCAUCAAAACCCUAAGAACCCCUGCAACGCCUCCCAUCUAUCCAAUAGGUCCCUUGUUGCAUCUCACAGAAUCUGAUACCCCUGACGAGUCCGGCUGCCUCAAAUGGUUGGACGAGCAGCCUCCCUCGUCCGUUCUGUUUGUGGCAUUCGGAAGCUUGGCUAUUCUGUCAAGGGAACAAAUUACAGAUCUGGCAAUUGGACUUGAAGCCAGUGGCUACCGAUUCUUAUGGGUGCUGCGAGUGCGCGGGUUCAAAUUUGAGGACUCUUCUUUUCUUGAAACUGACAUUUCUCAACUUUUACCGGAGGGCUUUGAGAGUCGAACCUGUGACCGUGGGCUGGUGAUUCCAAAUUGGGCUCCUCAAAUACGGGUUCUUUCUCACCCAUCUACUGGAGGCUUCCUUUCUCAUUGUGGAUGGAAUUCUACACUGGAAAGCGUCUCGCACGGAGUUCCCAUGAUCACUUGGCCUCUUGGUGCGGAACAGGGGAUGAACAAGGCCAUACUGGUGAAGCAGAAUGAGGUAGCCAUAGGUUUGAAGAUGGACAACAAAGGAUUUGUGAGGAGAGAAGAAGUGGAGAGAGCGGUGAGGGAAUUGAUGGGAGGAGAGGAGGGAAGAAAGGCGAGGGAGAAAAUGAAAGAGUUGAAAGGCAAGGCUGAGAUUGCUAUGAUGGAAGGAGGGAGCACAAUCAAGGCUACCGCCGAUGCAGCCGCAGAUUUAUCAGCCUCCACUUGGAAUGUAAAAUAAUGAUAGUUUUAGCUGGUUAAACACUACAAAUUGGGGAAGACAGAGAUAUGGUGUCACUACCAAUAGUUUAUGAAAUACUCCUCCAAAGUCUACUACCAGAUCUAUUGUAUCGGUAAGUGCUAUGUAUCUGAAACCAUCAUUAAUACAAGCAACAAGCCUCUGCUCAAAUGAUGCAUAGUAUUUUAAAGUUGAGAAAUCUAUUAGCAAAUAAUAGUUAUAGAUCAAAUUUGCAGAGAAUCUAGAAAAUGUGAAGCAUAGAAUGAUCAUCGUUAUGAAGUUCAAUUUAAAGUGAAUUUUAGUAUUCUCUUCAAA